AAUUCAUUAUUAAAGUGGCUCCGCCCACUACAUGAAAAUGGCCGGAGGAAGAAUAAAGCAAAACUUUGGUAGAGGAGGAGGAGGACUUAAUGAUAGUAAUUUCUCUGAAGAAAUGAUGGAGAGUGAGAAUGACAGGUUAGUGGAUGGACUGGCAUCUAAAGUCAAGACACUUAGACACGUUACUUUAGAUUUAAAACAGGAAGUUAGCAGUCAAGUAAAGAUGAUGGAUGAUUCAUCCAAUAUAUUUGAUACAGCCUCCUCGUUAUUAAGUGGUAGUUUCAACAGGGUUAAAUUAAUGAGAUCAACAAGGACUGGAAACUGUCGGCUAAUGAUUUAUUUUGUUUUAUUUCUUCUCCUCCUCUUCUUUCUGUUUUAUAUACUACUGGACAGAGUCAUGUCAAGAUAAAGAAUAUGGCGAGUUUUUGAGUUAAUGGAUUUUUCAUUUUUAAACCAAUCAAGAAGAUGGUAUCACAGAGAGAGAGGGGCUUGGCUAAAUUCAUCUUCCAUUUCUCUUGUUGUCUAUAAGAAUUAAUUUUAUUCAUUAUGUGGUUGCCAUUGGAUACUAAACAAAUAUUGCAUUGGGAGGGUGUGGCUGUGUCUGCAGCAAUUCGCAAUUGCAAGCAGCUCUGUAUGUGACUGUAAUCCUUCUCAGUCUCCUCGUACUAACUGUUCACUGUUCUUCUCUUUGAGUGCAGCUCAAGCAAAGGCUGCUACUCUUCUCAAAUAUGGCGGGUGUUACUUUAAGCCUAUUGCUGCUCCUCCUCCUGUCCACCGUGUCUUGUAUUGAUGGACAAGGAAUCAACUUUGACUUUGCGUUAGGUGCUCAGCUAACUGAAAUGAAAGAGGAAGCAGCGCCAGGGACUGUCUUUGUAAACUUGGAUGUGUCCUAUUUCAUACCAGGCAGUGUUUUGGAGCGGAAUGAAGGCACAGGUCAUUAUAAGCUCCAGUCUGGUCCAGAUUCCUCUUAUUUCAGUGUCAAUCCAAGUACUGGUCAACUGUCCAAUGCAAUACUCAUUGAUAGAGAAACUGACAUUACAAAGAUCAGAUUUGAUAUUAACAUCAUUUUCAUAUCAAACCUCGCUCCUGACCUCAAUGCUACUCAACCCAUAACACUGAUCCUCAUUGAUAUUAACGAUAAUGCUCCUCAUUUUAACCAGUCCAUAUAUGAAGAGCUUAUAUCUGAAAACCUUUCACCAGGGUCCCAGUUCUUCCGUGCUUUUGCAUCAGAUCCUGACCAGGUGGAGUCCGUUCAAGAAAUCGAUGAAGACAGUGAGAGUUUUGGUGAUAUUACGUACACUAUCAGUAAUGGACGCGUUAUCUAUUCAAUAAUCAACGGAAACGAGUUGAGUCAUUUCUCAAUCAACCCUGAUACUGGCUGGAUAUCAGUGUCAGCUAAUCUUGAUGUUGAUUCUGUUGAUUUUUAUAAUCUAACGUUACUAGCAACAGAUGGAGGUGGGCUCAAUGACACUGCUGUUCUACUGGUUACAAUACUGGAUUCAAAUGAUAAUCCACCUGUCAUUACUUAUCCGGCAAACUUUAACGUCACUCUGUCCGAAGACACUCCCCCUGGUCUGAUACUCAUUGACUAUAUUAACGCUACUGAUGAUGAUUAUGGUCUUAACGCUGAUAUAUAUUAUACGAUAUCUUCUGGUGAUGUUACAAACAGUUUUACUGUUAAUGCAACUACAGGUAGUCUGGUACUAACCAGUGAACUGGAUAGAGAAGCUGGUAAUCCACUAGCACUGACUAUCUCAGCUAUAGACCGUGGUUUACCACCAUUAUCUGAUACUAUAACAGUUACUGUUCAUCUUUUAGACGUUAAUGAUAACCCUCCAUUAUUCUCUACCUCACUAUAUCAACUGGACAUAAGUGAGAGUUCACCCACUGGUCAGUUAGUCGGCACUAUUGCAGCUGUUGAUCCUGAUUCUGGUGAAAACGGUACAGUCUAUUAUAAUAUAAUAUCCAACACUAGUAGUUUUAUACUGGAUAAUGCAACAGGAGCAUUGAUCACUGCUGUACCUCUUGAUCGAGAGUCAAUACCUCAAUAUAGUCUAACAGUGGAAGCACAUGAUUCACCUACUAAUGAUUCAUACACUCUCUACUCAACGGUAUCAGUAUUGAUCACUGUUACUGAUGUCAAUGAUAAUGCUCCAGUCUGGUCUUAUGAUACUAAUAUAUCAGUUGGAAUAUUGGACACAGAGACUGUUGGCUAUACACUCCUUACUGUUCUAGCUACAGACGCUGAUGAAGGUUCUAAUGGUUUUGUACAGUACGAGUUUUACGAAUCAGAUAAUGAUGAUUUUGCUAUUGAUUCUGUGUCGGGUAAUAUCAGUGUUAAUUCUGAUAUUGAUUUAUCUCGCAGAGGAUUUUACGUUUAUUCAAUACGUGCUUAUGAUAAUGGAGUGCCCUCGUUUGAGUCAAUAUUCCGAUAUCUACUGAUCACAAUUCACGAGCUUAAUCCAAAUGGUCCGGAAUUUACCAUACUUGAUCAAAACAUAACGUUAACUGAGACGACCCCGGUUGAUACCAAUGUACUUAAUGUUACCGCUACUGAUAGAGACAAUGGUCUAAUAGGUGAACUAUGGUACCAUAUACCGGACGGUGGGAGUGAGUGGGAGUUUGGUCCUUCAGGAUCCUUUGACGUGGAGCCAGACACUGGAAGAAUAUUUAUUAAUAGAACACUGGACUAUGAUUAUAAAUAUGAUGACAAUAGUAUAUUCUUUCAAGUUGAAGCUUAUGAUGGCGGUUUCCCUGUUCCUAGAACAGCUCGUACUAACGUCACUGUGUAUCUUACUAAUGAGAAUGAUGAAGCACCAAUUAUCAUUGUGACCACACCCACUGACACGCCUACAAUACCUGAAAACUCAGAGCCUUUCGUUCAGUUUGCAAAUCUUUCCAGUUUGACCUUUGACCCUGACCCGGAUCAAGGAGGUAUCUUUAACUUUACAUUAAUUGAAGUUUACCAUGACGACGAUUAUAAUGAUGAUGAUGACAAUAUAACUAGUUCGUUCUCACUCUCUCCUGAUGGAGUACUAAUAGCUAACAGGGUCUUUGAUCGAGAGGCUCGGCCUGAAGGUUUCAUACUCUCAAUACUAACAACUGACUUUGGGGACCCUACCCAAUCAUUUAUUAAUAACCUUACUGUUGCUAUUGGAGACAAGAAUGACCAAUCACCAUUCUUUGAAGGGGAACCUCCCCUCGUAACAGCAUAUGAGUUGAUACCGCCAGGAGAAGUGAUUCUAACUAAUCACACUGCAGUUGAUAAUGAUAUUGGAAUCAACGCUGUACUAAGAUAUGGUAUUUAUAAUGGCGAUGAUAGGAAUGAGUUCACCAUAGACCCUGUUACUGGUACCCUCAGUGUAGCUAAAGUAUUGAACAGGACAAUACAGGAAGAAUAUAAUCUGACAAUAAUAGUUAUGGAUCAGGGGCAACCAGUAUCACUGUAUGGGUUUGGAUCUGUCCUAGUCAGUGUCAUUGAUUCUAAUGAUAAUGCACCUGUCUUUAAUGAACCGUUGACCGCCUUUUUCCCUGAGAAUUCACCAGUCGGAUUAAUAUUUUAUAGAGUCAAUGCUACUGAUUAUGAUGAAGGAACUAAUUCAUUUUUAUCUUUUUAUUUUGCUCCUAAUAGCACAGACUCUUUCACUGAUUUUGAUAACGUCACUAAUAUAACAACAGUUCGUUUUGAUCUCAACUCAUCAACUGGUGAUAUAUCAGUUCAGGAUCAUUUCGAUCGUGAGAUUGAAUCUGAGUUUGAAUUAACAAUAAUGGCAGUUGAUGCUGGACUAGUUCCAGCUGGUCUUAGCUCCACUGCAGUAGUUACAGUACUGGUCCAGGAUCUUAAUGACAAUACCCCGUACUUUAUCAAUAGCUCUUACUCGUUUGAAGUCCUUGAGAACUCUCCUAUGGAUACUGAACUGGGGCAGGUUUUUGCUAAUGAUGACGAUGCCACAGAACCCAAUAACCAGCUGAGGUACUCUCUUAUUGGCUAUAGGAGCUCAGAACUAUCAGUUCAUCCUGUGACGGGAGUAGUUACCGUUAAUGACACCAUAGACUGGGAGACAGGUCCUAACUAUACAGUGUCUUUAAUAGUAACUGAUCAAGGUACCCCACCAUUGCAAUCAAUAGUACCACUGACUGUAUUCAUUACUGAUGUGAAUGAUAGAGAACCUGAAUGGGUGGAGUCUUCUCUUAAUAUAUCAGUACUUGAGAACUCUGCCCCAGGGUCGUCAGUGGGUUUUAUAGAAGCUAUAGAUCCUGACAGUCCAGGGAAUAACUCACUGGUCACUUAUUCAUUGCUCUUAGAUUAUACUGACCAUCACUUCUUCCUCAACUCAUCCACUGGACAGAUAACAACACUAGCUACCUUUAAUAGAGAAGAAAGGGAUUUGUAUGAUCUUGUUGUUAUGGCAACAGAUUCAGGUGACCCUCAGCUCUCCUCUACUGCUACUGUGUUCAUUGAAAUCAGUGAUAGCAAUGAUCAUGAUCCUGUGUUCAGUCAGAAUCAGUAUAAUGCUGAUAUAUCAGAAUCAGUAUUAAUAUCAACACCAGUGAUACAAGUAAUGGCCAGUGAUGAUGAUAUUGGAAUUAAUGCUGAUUUAACUUACUCAAUAAUCAAUUCCACUCAAUUCUCAAUUAAUCCUAACACAGGUUGGAUCAAUACUAGUGUUAUAUUUGAUUAUGAAUCAGUGAAUCAGUAUACAUUUACUGUAUCAGUGAUUGAUUCAGGAUCACCACCUAGAGACGCUACCAGUAGAGUGACCAUUAGUAUUAUUGAUUAUAAUGAUAACCAGCCAAUGUUUACCCAGUCAGUCUAUUCUCUCUCGUUAUUUGAGAAUAUUCCGAUCGGUUCAAAUCUGUUACAAGUGGCUGCAACUGAUGAUGAUUCUGGAGACAAUGCAAUGAUUGAGUAUUUGCUGAUUGAUGGCCCGUCUCACGUGUUUGGUAUCAGCAAUGAGACUGGGGUACUCUACACUCAUGGGUUCGUUAAUAGGGAGGAGUUAGGGGCGGAGUUUAAUCUAACGAUACUUGCUAAUAAUAGCCUAUCACCAGUCUACAGUUCAUCAACUAGUAUCAUUGAUAUAUUUAUUAAUGAUUUCAACGACCAGUCACCAUUGUUCAACUCCACCAUCGUCCGUUAUAUACCUGAGGACACACCCCCUGGGUCUAUAGUAUAUACACUGGAUCCAUCAGACGGUGACGCUGGUGACAAUGGUACCAUUAGCUAUUCACUGGUUGACGGUAAUGCUGCAUUCCAAUUAAAUGAAUCUACGGGUGAAAUUAUUUUAUCAUCAUACGUAGAUUACGAGGGACCUUUAAGGUUUUAUUACAUGAUAGUGAAUGCCAGCGAUAAUGGAAACCCACCUUUAUAUAAUUUCACAACAUUGAUACUGCAAAUUACUGAUGUUAAUGACAAUCCUCCAUCAUUCACUGCUGAUAACUACAUACUGUCUGUGUCCAAUACUGCCCCCAUUGAUACUCUACUAAUGACAGCAGCAGCAAUAGAUACUGAUACUACUGACCCAGUGUAUUAUUAUUUAAUGGACAGUACUUUUAGCUCACUGUUCUCAGUAUCUCGUACAACCGGUUCACUAAACCUGUUAGGAUCAUUAGUAGCACACUCAAAUCAAGUACUCAAUGUUACACUGGAGGCAACUGAUGGUGUUUAUAAUUCAACAGCAGUUGUUAGUGUUCAUGUUACCAGCCCAGGAAGUUCCCCAGUCUUCACUUCUACGUCAUACUCUGUCAGUAUAACAGAGACCCAUGACAGUAUUCUACCAGUCCUCGGUCUUUAUGACAGGGCGGCUCCCAGUUCUCCUUCUAAUGUCUUUAGCAUUGUCUAUGGUAACCAUGGCAAUGCAUUCUCUAUAUCGUCAGCAUCACUUUACGUUGAUUCAAGUAAACUUGAUUUUGAAUCAAUAUCAAGUUAUCAGAUAUCAAUACAAGUGAUUGAAAGUGGUUCUUAUGCCUAUUCUAUUAUUAACGUCAGUAUCAGUGACACUAAUGAGUUUCCUCCUGUGUUCUCUCUCUCUUCUUACUAUGUUCCACUGUACGAGACUACAGCUGCUGGUCAGUCAUUCUUCAAGCUACAGGCCUCAGAUAGGGACAGAUCCCCACCUGCUAAUACCAUCAGAUACAGCAUAACAUCAGGUAAUCUCAAUAAUAUAUUCACAAUAAAUCAAUUCACUGGAGACCUGAGUUUAAACAGAUUACUGGAUUACAAUGUUGAUCCUCAUGAUUAUACCAUUAACAUAACAGCUGCUAAUAGUGACACUGUCCCUCCUCUUUCAUCAAAUGUGUCUCUAUCUAUUCAACUCUUCAAUGGUAACAGACACACACCAGUAUUCUCUCCUGUACUAUACUCCACUUCUCUCACUGAAAGCUCACCCAUUGGUCAGUACAUUGAUAUAACAGUUAAAGCAACUGACGGUGACACUGGCUCUGAUGGGGAGAUAAGGUUUGGUCUGCUUGGUGAUUAUCGUAACUAUGAUUUUGAAAUCAAUUCAACGAGUGGUAAUAUAUCAAUAUCAGGUGAUGGUCUUGAUUACGAGAGACAAGGAGCCUACCAGUUGAGAGCUAUAGCUAGUGACGGAGGGAUACCUCAGCUGUAUUCAACAGCACUGAUCGUGAUUGUCAUCAUUGAUGAGAAUGAUAACGAGCCAAUAUGGGACAAGGAGACUUACCUACUGUCCAUCAGUGAAAAUACAACAAUUGGAUCUGAUUUACUGACAGUAUUUGCUAGCGAUGCUGAUCCAGUGAUUUUUAACGAGUUAACUAAUUCAUAUGAUAACACAAAUGGUCUUAUUACCUAUUCUAUACAUUCAGGAGAUCCUUUUGGCCAGUUCUCCAUCACUCCUCAUUCUGGUAUCUUGAGGAUAGUCUCUCCUCUUAAUAGAGAGAACCUCACUAGUUAUACUUUAACACUUAACGCUACUGAUGGAGGUGGUCACUAUGCCAAUGCACUUUGUGUUGUCACGGUAACAGAUGUUAACGAUGUUAUCCCUUACUUCCCUUCUUCUUUGCUAACAGCGUCAGUCCCUGAGAACACACCAAACGAGACCUUUAUCAUUAAACUACUAGCAAAAGACGAAGACAUUACCAACGGCCCAGCCAUCACUUACUCCAUAACAGCUGGUAAUGACUUGAACGUCUUUUAUAUCAACACAUCAUCUGGUGAGAUAUUCACUAACGCUGAUAUUGAUAGAGAAGAUAUUGAUUUAUUCAAUCUAACUGUAUCAGCAUCUGAUAAUUCUGUUAAUCCCUUGAUUGGAUCAGCUACUUUACUGAUACGAGUACUUGAUAUUAAUGAAGCUCCACCCUAUUUUGAUCAGGAUAACUACAGUCUGUCUGUAUCAGAAGAUCAAGCAUUAGAUCAAGUGUUAAUCAAUAUCACUGCGACUGAUCCUGAUCUUGGUGAGAAUUCAACUAUCCAGUAUUACAUAGUAUCAGGAAAUGUCGACAAUUCAUUUCGCAUUGAUCCUAACACAGGCAGUUUAACACUGAUUCGUGAUAUUGAUUAUGAAUACAUUAAUUAUUAUAGUUUAGUAAUUGGAGCCACUGACAGUGGUCACAUCAGUAUCAGACUGACCAAUGAGACUACAGUAUCUAUCAGUGUCAUUGAUGUUAACGAUAACCCUCCAAUAUUUGAUCAGGAUCAAUAUAUCGCUAAUAUAUCAGAGGCCGCUGAUCUAGAAACUGAACUGAUUGAAGUCGUUGCAUUUGAUUACGAUUCCGGCUCUAACUCUGAACUGAUCUACUCGUUUAUUAACACAGUUGAUGGUGAUUCUGCUCUUGUAUCAGAUGGUGGUGUUUUCAUGAUUAAUGAUACUUCAGGAUUGAUAUUAUUAGCAAUGACUCUUGAUAGAGAGGCACAGUCCAACUACACCCUGACUUUAAGAGUUAGGGAUGAUGGGUCUCCUUCUCUCUCAUCCACUUCUAUACUAACUGUGAUCAUUAAUGAUUAUAAUGAUAAUCCUCCGAUAUUUAACGCUGAUUUGUAUCAAGGAUCAGUGUCAGAGAAUUCUCCUCUUAAUACUCCAAUAUUAACUGUAUCAGCUGUUGAUUCUGAUAUUGAUAUUAAUGCUGAUAUAAGUUAUGAUAUUGAGACAAUAUUGAUGAACGAGACUGAUUGCAUAUCACACUGUCCUAAUUCAACUCACCUCUGUUCAGUAUCAUAUGUUAACACUAAUCUUAACACUGAUCAAGUUGAUCUUAAUGAUACUUUUACCAUUAAUGCUGUAACUGGCGGUAUAUUCACAGCUGGUAGUUUGGAUCGUGAAUUCAUUGAUCAGUAUGUACUACUGGUCUAUGCGUAUGAUGGUGGCUCGCCAAUACUCAGUUCCUCGUCCUGUGUCUUUAUUACCAUCACUGAUACCAACGACCAGUCACCAGUGUUCAACCAGUCGUUGUACACUGGACAGUUAGUGGAGAAUACGGCAACAGGUGCUGUCAUAUUAAGAGUAGAAGCAAGCGAUGAUGACAUUGGUGCUAAUAGUGAGAUUUCAUACUCUUUAGCAACUGGUUCUGAUACUUUCACUGUUCAUCCAUUAACUGGUGUCAUAAUGAACCUCUCUCCUUUAGACAGAGAAGAAACAACUCAUCACAACUUUACUGUGACUGCGACUGAUAAUGGAGUACCUCCUAAUGUAGCCAUGGCAACAGUUACCGUGGAGAUAAUCGAUGUUAACGAUUCUCCCCCUCAAUUUGAUUUCGUUAAUUACACAGGAUCAAUAUCAGAGAACGCUGAUCCUAACACCGAUAUAAUCAGACUCAGUGCUAGUGAUCUUGAUAUCGGAAUCAAUGCUGAUCUCCGCUAUAAUAUAAUAUCAAUAGAUCCCCCUGGUGAUAGCUUUACCAUUAACUCCAGCACAGGUCUUAUUACCAGUCUGGUACCACUGGACAGGGAGGCAAUAGAUCAUUAUACAUUGUUAGUAAUAGUAACUGAUUCUGGGACACCAUCUCUUAAUGGCACCACUACUGUUGAUGUGAUCAUUCUUGAUCAAAAUGAUAAUCCUCCGAUAUUUGAUAUUGAUUCCAAUUCUGAUUCUUAUAAUGCAACUUUAACAGAGAAUGUUGAUUAUGUUGAUCAUCAUUUCAUGACGGUAGAUGCCACUGAUGCUGAUACUGGUAACAAUGCUGUCAUUCAUUAUAAUAUAUCAAGCAUCAAUGCUACUUCAAUUGGGGACUCAGUUCCAACAGAAUAUGUUGGAGAUGCAGUAUUUUACAUCAACAGUACAACUGGUGAGAUGUAUGUUACUGGAUCAUUAGACUCUGAAUCUACUGACAGUUUAAUAAUGACAUUACUUGCUUAUAAUGAUAUAACUACUGGCCAGUUUCAAUACUCAACCAUAUUACUGAUCAUAAGUGUUAAUGAUGUCAACGAUAAUCCUCCGAUAUUUGAUCAGAAUCAAUACGUUACUGGGAUAUAUGAGUCAGCUGUUAUAGGCAGUGAUGUGAUCAGUGUUAAUGCUGCUGAUUCUGAUAUAACACAGAUCAACUCUGAUAUCAUGUAUUCACUGAUUUCUUCUGAUUCCUAUCCAUUCAAUAUCAACAAUGAAUCAGGACUGAUUACCACCAGUGGACCACUAGACUCCGAGACCAUCGACCAAUAUACCCUCACAGUGGUUGCCAUGGAUACAGGGGAACCUCCCCUUUUCUCUACAGUGAAUGUCAGUGUCCUAAUAUUGAACACUAAUGAUAACAGACCAAUAUUCACACAGUCUUCAUAUCAUUUUAAUAUUCUUGAGAAUCAGCCAAAUGGUAGCACUAUAGGUCAUAUCAUAGCUACUGAUGUUGAUCUUGAUAAUAUCACAUAUGAACUGGGACCUGAUGAAGGAGGAGAGAGUGUAGAUGAGAUAUUCAACAUUAAUGCAACCACUGGAGUACUUACCACACUGGUACCUUUGGAUAGGGAGGAGUUUGAGGAUUAUUCAUUCAUUGUUAGAGCAAUUGAUGAGCCAGUGAACGGGUUGAGCAGUGAAGUUAAUGUAUCAGUGAGUGUUCUUGAUUUGAAUGAUAAUCCUCCGUUAUUUGAUCAGAAUAUAUACACAGUGUCAUGGAACGAAGACACUGAUACUGAUACUGAGCUGAUUCAACUUAAUGCCACUGAUUCUGAUAUAGAAUUGAAUGGUGAUUUCAACUUCUACAUAAUCCAUUCAACUGCUAAUGUUCCUUUAAUUGAAAUCAAUGAUAUCUCAGGAUCAGUGUCACUUGCUGAUCAGUUUGAUCGGGAAUCAGUUGAUAAUAUCAAUGUCACAGUAUCAGUGGUUGAUAAUGGCCUACCUCCUCUUUCAUCUACAGCAUUAUUGAUUAUUAAUAUUUUAGACGUUAAUGAUAAUGAACCAUUGUUUACUCAGUCAUUAUACUCAGCAGUGAUCAGUGAAGAUAUCACUGUGAAUUCAACGGUAUUGAUACUAUCAGCCACUGAUGCUGAUAUCAGUGCAAACGGUCAAUUCUCUUUCUCAAUACUAAAUGAAUCUGAUUUCACCGUUGAUUCAUCAUCAGGAGUGAUAUCGGUUGCUAGGCAACUGGACUACGAGACAACACAGGACUACUCAUUCUCAGUGUUAGUCAGUGACCAUGGCAACCCGUCUCUCUCCUCUACUGCCCAGGUGGUGAUCAAUAUCACUGAUAUUAACGACAAUCCACCAUAUUUCGAACAAGAUGUCUACUAUAUAUCAGUUCCUGAAUCCUCCAUCCUCUACAGCAGUGUCUUCACUGCACCAGGACAAGAUCCUGAUAAUGGUACCAAUGGAGAGCUAAGAUACACCAUAUUAUCUGGCAAUGAAGGAUUCCAUUUCAAUCUUAAUGAGGAGACAGGACUGCUAAGUACUACAGCACAGUAUCUUGAUAGAGAGAUUACUGAUCAUUACGUGUUAAGUAUCAGAGCCGUUGAUCUGGGAUCACCUCAAUUCACUGCUAGUACGACACUUGAUAUCAGUAUCAGUGAUGUUAAUGAUCAUUAUCCUGAAUUUUCAAGCCGAUAUUCAUCAGUUUCAAUAUCAGAAUCAACUCAAGAAAGUACUGUACUAACACAAUUGAUUGCUACUGAUAAUGAUAUUGGUACCAAUGCAUUACUAACCUAUAAACAGAUUGAGGAUGAUUCAGAUGACAAUAGCACUGAUCUGUUGUUCUUGAUUAACAGUACCAGUGGUGAAGUGAUUCUUAAUGGUAUCAUUAAUACUGAAGUACAGCCAGUCCACAGUCUAUCUGUACUAGUAUCUGAUAAUGGAGACCCUCCUUUAUCUGACAGUAUGAUUCUAACUGUUAACAUACUGAAUGACAAUGAAUACAAUCCGUAUUAUAUUCUUGAUCAGUAUUACAUUAAUAUUAGUAUGGAGACUGCAAUAGGUACAUCAAUAGGCUACUUGAUUGCUAGUGAUGCUGACCACAACGAUGAGAUCUCAUUGAUUUAUUCAUUGAUUAACACUGAUACUGAUACACUAGCUAUUAACAGUAACACUGGUGAACUCUAUGUAAUUAAGUCACUAAUAGUAGGGUCGUACUCUCUCAGUGUUAAAGCUACAGAUCCUGCUGGUACCACUGCUAUCAUAAUGGUACAUGUUAAUGUACAUGAUCGUGAUAAUACAGAAUCUCUUUUUGAAUCAGUUACCUACCAUUUUACUGUAUCUGAAGAUUCCAAUAUCAACUCACUGAUUGGAUCAGUUAACACUGAUUCCAAUACUGAUUCACUGUUGAGAUUUAUUUUACCAAACAGUACUAGAUCAGCUGUGUUUGAUGAUACUUUUGAGUUAAAAUCAAAUGGUAGUUUAGUAUUAAUAGGUAAUGUUGAUUAUGAGAGAUUAUCAAGAUAUGUGUUAAAUAUUGAAUCAGAAUCUGUGUCAACUGGCAAUAAAGUUUAUGUGAUAUUAACACUCAGUAUCAUUGAUGUUAACGACAACCCUCCUUACUUCUCUUCUGAUCAGUAUCAACUAUUAAUCUCUGAAUCUACUCCAAUCGGAACUGAUCUGAUCACACUAUCAACGUAUGAUCUUGAUUCACCUGGUGUCAAUACUCAAAGACUCAUCACAUUAUCUCAAGACUCUGAUCUCUUCUCAUUUGAUACACUAACCCAAACCUUAACCCUGGUUCGACCAUUAGACAGAGAGAGAGAAUCAUCUCAUUCACUGAUAAUUAAUGUUAGUAAUCCUAACGCUGAUCAAGUACUGUACUCAAUUGGACUGAUCAGUAUCACUGUACUUGAUACCAAUGACAAUAAUCCUUUAUUCUCUCAGUUGUAUUAUUCAAUAGAGAUACCAUCCAGCACUAGUAUUGGAUCAGAAAUACUUCAUAUAUCAGUCACAGAUCAGGAUAUUGCUAACAACGGUGAACUAGUCUAUUUUAUAACACACCAGACAGUGCCUGGCCUAUUUGUAAUUAAUAUCAACAAUGGAAGUAUCUACACUAGUGCUGAACUGAUAUUAGGAGAUGAUGAUGGAGAGAUGGACUAUGCUGUAUCAGUACUAGUUACUGAUCAUGGCUAUCCUACCCCGAGGAGUUCAACCAGUAACGUAUUCAUCAAUAUUUAUAAAGAUAAUCUCAAUAGUCCAGUUUUCGAUCAACCGAAUGGCUAUACAGUAGAAAUCAGUGAGACACUAGCUAUAGGUAGUGAUGUGUUAAUGAUAUCAGCCACUGAUCCUGAUCAGAAUCAAACUAAUGUAGUUCGUUACUCCAUUAACACUGAUCAGAAUGAUUUUGACAUCUCUCCUCUAACCGGUUUGAUUACAGUAGCAUCAGGACUUGAUUUCAACACUCAAUCAUUUUAUUCUUUGUCCAUCUUAGCAACAGAUCAGGGACGUCCACCAAAGAUCUCAAGUGUGUUAGUCAAUAUCAGUAUCAUUGAUAAUAAUAAUCAUAAUCCUGAAUUCAACCAGUCGUUAUAUACUGCUAGUAUCACUGAAGGACUAGCGUUAGGAUCAGCAGUGAUUCAAAUCAGUGCUUUUGAUAUUGAUUCAGCAGGAUUGAGAUAUCAGAUCACAGUUAAUAAAUAUGUUAAUGAUACUGCGCUAUACAACAUUAAUGAGACCACUGGCCUGAUCAGUACAGCUAGUGAUAUUGAUUACGAGUUAACACCAUUUACUGAGAUAUUAGUAUCAGCGAUUGAUUCUGGCUAUGAUCUUGUGAGAUCAAGGAGUGUUCCUGUUCAAAUCAGUGUUAAGAAUAUCAAUGAUGAGUAUCCAGUUUUUGAUCAGUCAGAGUAUUACGUUGACGUGAUUAGACUCUUGACACGGAAUCAGUUUGUGUUAGAUAUCAAUGCGACUGAUCCUGAUAUGAUUCCAGACUCACUGUUGACUUAUAAUAUCAGCUAUCAGUCUGGUAUUCAAUUAUAUUCCAUUGACAAUGCUACAGGAGUUAUAUCAACUUUGAUUGAAAUUCCUGAGAAUUCUCCUAAUUCAAGCUACAUUCUAAUCACUGCUUCUGAUGGUUCUCUUGUUUCCAUGGCAACUGUACAUAUCAGUAUUAUUGAUGAAGGAAAUUAUUGUGAACAAGAUGGCUACUGCACCAGCGUUGUUCCCAGAUCAUUAUCUUGUGAAUAUAUUAUUCCCAAUAAUCCAACCUGUGAUGCCUACUGCACUGAUGGAAUGACUCUUUCUCCAAUGAAUUGGUUAUGUAUGUCUCAUUACUGCUUUAAUAAUGAACUGGUUCCUUGCAAUACAACGAGAGAGUGUCUCCAUAGCAACCGCUCCUGUUCUGGCCAGUGUCCCAUUGGUACUUCAUUAUGCCCUUCUACUGAUACUUGUCAUCCAGAGGCCCAAUCUUUUCCUUGUGAUACUAACGUCUGCCUGGCAGGUCAGACUUUAGUCCAGAGAUCUAAUGGAACACGUUAUUGUACUUUAUCAGCAACACUGCCACUACAAGACUGUUCCAAUGUUGGUAAUGUCUACUGUGAAGGCAUCAGUACCUGUUCUAAUGUCACUGAUCCUCAUCUUUGCAGUUUAUGUCCUCCUGAGCUAACACCAUGUCCUCCUAAUAGUGCUAUACAGUGUGUUCCUGAUGCAAGGCAGUGCUGUACAGCUGGUAUGUACUAUUGUCCAGUAUUGGACUCUUGUCUGUUGACUGGUGAACAGUGUAGACUAGCUAAUGUACCACCAGCCAUUGAUGAAGGAAUAGUGUAUGUUGAUACUAUUGAUGCUUAUGGAUCUGCUCUGGCUGGUUAUAAUGGACACAUGAUUGGUAGUGUAUUAUCUAAUGAUUCUGAUCAUGUUGCUACUGAUUUUCAAUCAGAAGAGAUCAGUGUAAUCAUCACUGGAUUGAGUUCUGAUCCUAUUAAUGGAGGCCAGUCUACUGAUGGAGUCUGGCAGUAUUCUUUAUGCAAUGGCAGUUUAAAUGAAUGCUUAUCUUGCUCUGCUAGUUCUUCAUGGAUUAACAUCACUCUAGUAUCAGAGUCCAAUGCUUUAUACCUACCCAAUACAGCCUGCAUUAGGUACUGGAGGUGGGCGGAGUCUCUUGAAGGUGCCGUGUGGCUUAAGGUUAAAAUAUGGGAUGGAAAUACCGACGGUUUCCAUAGCAACUCAACCACAAUCGUACAAUCAGUAAUCCCGUAUUAUGGACCAGUUUCAAAUUAUACAUCAACCGGAGGCCUCAGUUUGAAUGAUACAUAUUUAGUAUCAUUACUAUUACCAGUAGUACUGUCACCUUCUUUAACACUAUCUUCAUUGACAUUACUAGAGGAUACUCCAUUGGCUGAUAAUGAUGGACAUACACUAAGUGAUAUUACUAGUAUAUUCAUGAACUAUCUUCCAUUAAUACCCACCACUUAUAUACAGGGAUUAUCAGGGAUUAAUGAAGCACUGUUACCAGUAGAAGCAGUCAGAAGGUAUUAUGAUGCUGUUACUGUUGCUAAUGACAUUCGACAACAAAGACAGGCUGCAUUAAAUAAUGGACAAGAAGUUGGACUAGCUGUUUCACUAAACACAACUGGCAAUAAUAAUAAUAACAACAACUGGCAGGUAUCUUUAAAUGGUGAUCCACAGCUGUUUGUCUACAUCACUGAUAUAUUGACUAAUCCUGAUCAAAUAUUGAUUCUUAACUCAACGUCACUGAUACGAUAUCUACCAUCAGAUAAUUUCAAUGGAUUGGUACAGCUCGGUAUAAGUGCUUGGGAUGGGGUCCUGUCAUCUUUAAACACUAACACACCAACAGUACAUAAUAUGACAGUGUUUGUCAGCUCAUUUCAAUCAGCUUUUGAUCAGUAUCAUGUCAGUAUGAAUCAGUUACUGACAUUAACUGUGGUUAAUGUUCCUGAUGAUCCAAUCAUAACUAGAUCAAGUUUCACACUCUUACCUAUUCCGUAUAAUCUUGAUUAUGUUCAUGAUUCAAUGAUCACAAUUCUCGUUGAUCAUAAUAUCAGUGUCAUUCGUCCAAUGGUUGAUAAUACUCAGAACAUACUGAGUGUUGUGUUAGAAGAAUCAGUUAUUGUACGAAGAGUCUAUUCUUCACCAGAUCAGAACAGUUCUUAUGUUAGUUUCAGCACUGUUAUGAGUAUAGAUGAAGUGAGAAAUAAAGUAACUUCAAACGAUCAAAUUAAUAAUAUACUACCAGUGUCACAAUUUGCAAAUGUGAGUCGAUAUGGUCCCGGUAGUGGUUGUCAUGGUAACAGUGAGUCCGGCCCCCCUACAGUCCAUUCAGUGGGUGUGGUAUCAGUUCAGAUAUCAGGAGAUCAAGAUAAAGACAAUGUACUCGGACUAGCUGUAAUUGGAGUGAACAGCGGAAACGGGGUAUGGCAGUAUAAGAGAAGAAACUUAGAUGCUUGGAUUAAUUUUCCUUCCAUCAUAACUCCACAAAGAGGAUUAUUAUUAUUAUCAACUGACAGUUUCAGAUUCAUUCCUAACCCACACUACUACUGGACUAAUGGUGACGCACCUUCUCUCACUGUCAAAUCAUGGGAUCACACGUUAGGAUCAGUCGGUGAUUCUGAGAAUCAAAAAAUCAAUGUUAACACUGAUCCUUAUGUUAACACCUCUCGCUCACUCUCUAAUCCGAUUGGUCGCUUCAGCUCCUCUACAUCAGUCCUAAUAGCCAGUAGGGUCGGGUGUGAUGGUGUGGUUAAUUCAGGUAACCUUCAUGAUGCUUGUUGUCUUUGUGGUGGGGAUGGUUCCAGCUGCAGUGGUUGUAAUGGAGUCACUAACAGUUUAUAUGACAGCUGUAGCCUUUGUACUGCAGUCAAUCAUGACAGAGACUGCUCGGGGUGUGACGGGAUACCAUGGUCUAUGACUACCCCAGGACAAUGCAGUGAGUGUGUUUCUACUAAUGGUGUCUCUUCUUCUCUGAUCACUGAUCCUUCAUUCACUGAUUGUUCUGGUGCUUGUUUUGGUGAUGCUGCACUUGAUGAUUGUGGACAAUGUACUAAUGAAACUACUCAAUACAACAUUCACAAAGAUUGUAAAGGUGUUUGUCAUGGUAAUGCCAGCACUGAUGAUUGUGGUCACUGUUCAGAUCCAUUUUCAUUCAAUGAUGAUAUAGACUGUACUGGUAUUUGUGGUGGAGUAUUCAGAUCUGAUUCAUGUGGGGUCUGUCAACUACCUGAUCCAGAUACUGAUCUGAUUAGAGAUCACGCUGAUUGUAACAACGACUGUUGGGGAUCAGCUUCUAUUGAUUCCUGUGGCAUGUGUCAUUCCGGUAACACAGGACGUCAUCCUAAUUCAACCAUGGAUGCAUGUGGAUUGUGUGAUGGUGAUAAUUCAACAUGUUACGGAUGUGAUGGUGUCCUUAACUCUGGUCACAGUAUUGAUUCAUGUGGUGUCUGUGGAGGGAAUGACUGCAGCUGCUUUCAAUUAACGACUCUCAGUCCUACCAGAGGACCAAGAUCAGGUGAUACUCAACUAGUUAUUAAUGGAGCUGGUUUCUAUAGAAACACUUCAUUUUAUAAUACCAGCCUGCCUCAUUGCGGUGGUGCUACUGAUGUUACUUUAGUGUGUCAGUUUGCUAGUUCAGUCAGUAAUGAUAUUCGUACCUCAUCUUCAGCUUACAUUGUCAAUCAAAGCACAAUAAUAUGUGUAGCUCCUUCUCUUACUAGCAGUAGGGACACUGAACUUUUUCAUGUUUCCAUCAAAAUAGACAAUGGUCCUUUCUCUAAUCCUCUCCUCUAUCUUUAUGAGGAUUAUACAGUAUCCAUGGUAACCGACGUGUCACCUAGAAGAGCGCUAAUUGGUACUGAAGUUUUGCUUAAUUUCAUUGGAGAGAAUUUCCUCAAUACAUCGUCUCUUGUCUCUUGUCUAAUCAGUGGGUUUGAUACCUGCUCCAGUGACACUAAAGGGCUAAUGGUUGUACCUGGUGUCUAUAAUAAUGGCAGCAGUGUAACCUGCUCUCUCCCUCCCUCUCCUUCUCCCUGUCAGGUCAAUAUAUCACUGUCUUUUGAUGGGCAGUUGUCAGGAGCUGUAGCUACUAUCAGUUUUAAUUAUUCUUACAGCCCACCUGUCGUUAAUUCAAUACAUUUCACUGAUGAUUUAACAUCAUUGAUCAUAUCAUUAGAUAGAUCAAGUGAUAUCAAGCCGUCAAUCAAUUGUGAUUCUAUAUUCUCUGAUUCAACACUAACACUGAUCGGUGAUCAUAGUCAAUGUUAUUGGUCUGAUUCAAAUCAGCGUAUGAUCACAGUUGAUCUCUCAUCUCAAGCAGCAAUCAGUGUUGGAUCACCAGUGAUAUUCAGAGAGGGAGGUAUAGUCACUAGAGGUCAGUCUUAUUCAUACUCAGUUCCCAGUUCAGUAGUCUAUACAGUAUCCAGUGUAAUCAAUGCUGUAGGACCAGCCAUUGGUUUAAUAGGACCUGAUGUAUUAUCAAACUGUGCAUCUACAGCAGUAUAUACUGUUAGUAGUUAUUAUUAUCAUGGAUAUAAAGGAAUGACUUUCAAAUGGUCUUUAUUUACUAAUGAUUCAACUGUGGCUGGCUUCCUUCAGUUGGCUAAUAUUCUCAAUGCAUUACCAUACUCAACUACUCAAAUCUCUCUACCUGUGAACUUGUUCCAACCUUCAGUUGACUAUGUACUUCAUUUAAAUGUCACUAACUCCAUUGGCCUAUCUACUAUUGUAACUAAAACUCUAUCAAAAUCAUCUUCUACCUCAUUAGAAGUAGCCAUUACUAGUCCUCCUGAACUCUCCAUUGAUUAUAAUAAAGUUAGUAUACAUGAAGGUAGGCUAGUCAGUGAUCCUUGCUCCAUCUCUUCUACUUCAUUCAACUAUCAAUGGAGGCUCUAUAUCAUUACUGAUACAUUACAACACACGCUGCAGGAAGUAUCAUUAACUAAUAUCACUGUCUCCUCACCAAUACUACACAUACCACCACAUACCCUCAACCCUGAUCAUCAUUAUCAACUACAGCUUACAGUCAGUACUACUACAGGGAAUGCACUAUCAACCAGUGACAGGAUUAGUCUGUAUGUUAAACCACUGGUAUGUACUACCAGUAUAUAUGGUGGUGAUAGGAACAUAUCCAGCAAUAGUGUCAUCAAGCUAAAUGGAACUGUACUAAACAGGAUUAACAAUUCUUCAUUUAUCUGGUCUUGUUCUGUACUAAACUCAGGCCUACCCUGUUAUAACACCAGUCAUUCAUUACCAGUACUGAUAUCAUUACCAUCAACACUACAAGCAAUGGUAGAGGCUAGUCACUUACAAGCUGGAGAGAGUUACAACUUUACACUGCUUGACAAUAGAAGACACUGUUCCUCCAGCAGUGUUGUUAUCAGUAUACAUCAGGCUGAGAGCUCUCUACUUCCUUUUGCUAUUGUACAGAUACUACCACUAGCACUGCCAGUAGAUGUAUCAAGGCAGUUCACUAUAGAAGGAUUAGUGUAUAGUAAUAGUGAGAUUAGUGUUUACUGGGAGUGUGUUAGGGUUACUGAUCAUGGGUAUAUCGAUAUUAACAAUAGUUCAAUAUCACCGAUCAGUUAUGAUACGAUCAAUAUCAACUCAGUGUCAAUGCUGAGUUCAUUUCAAGCUGGUAUCAUAAAAGAUAAAACAAAUCGUGUUAACCUGAUAUUACGAUCACAUUCCCUUGAACCAGGCCUCCAGUAUACAUUCAAACUAACAGCUGCCAACAAUACACACACAGUUUCUACCAGUACUACUGUACUAAUUGGAUCCCCACCCAUCAUACACCAGGUAACAGUUAGUCCUUCAACUGGAGUGGAACUAUUAACUCCUUUUACUGUAAGAGUCAAUUGGACCAAUGACAAUAUUAAUGAUCAGCCUUUAUACUAUCAAUAUGGGCUAAUGAAAGAUGGAGCUAUAUACUGGCUGACUGGUUUAACCUCUACUAAUGAAAGGAGUUUCAUACUACCCAGUGGUGUUAACAGGCUGUAUGUAAGGGUAUAUGAUAAUAAAGGUGGAGAAUAUACAACUAGUCAGUUUAAUGUAUCAGUAUCAGUAUCAUCUAGUGUGAAUCAUGGAUCACUUUUAACUGAUCUUCAAUCAAGUCUCGCUGAUACCAAAGAUUGGUCUCAAGUGAUGUCAAGGUUUGUGUCUAUAUUGCUCUCGAUUGAUGAUACUAACACACUUGAUCCUGAUAUAUCAGUAUCAAUCUACUCAAGUAUGAUCAGUGAUUAUUCAGUAUUAGAUAGUCCACAGUAUCGAUCAAUGAUGAUAUCAACAAUGAAAUUAAUAAACACGAAAUUUCAAUUGAGUUCAUCUCAAAAGAUGAUUCUACUGAACACUCUUGACACUAUAUUGAAUUCUGCUCUCAGAGAUGUUGAUUCAAACUUCAUCCCAAAUGAUUCUGUAUCAGAAGUUGAUUCCAAUGGCCUUCCACUGAUACUGACCAGUGAUCGUACCAACCUUCCUCCUAUCACCAGUGGUGUCAGUACUGGUGAUAUUAAUAUCAUCAUUAAUGAAUUAUUCUCUUAUUCUGCCACACCUUCACUAGCUGGGAGGCUCAGAUCCUUAUUGCUGAAACUAUCGUCAAUCAUUUGUCAAGGAUCUCACUUAGGAGGGACUCCAGUUAACGUUACUUCACAAUCACCAGCUGGUAGAUACAUCUUAGCUAAAACACUUCCAUUUGGUGCUCGCUAUAUCUCUAACAAUAUCAUAUUUGAUUUGAGUGAUUCGUUGAAAUCAAGUUACGAUGAUCAGUGUAGUGAUACACAGAGUCAUGCCUGUACUGAUUUCUGUGUUCAGUUUGUAUCAAUGACCAGUGACUAUUUCACUGAUUCUGAUUUCAUUAGUUUAACGAGUGAGAGUAGAGAUCGUAUCAUGUCAUCAAUCAAAGGAGUUGAUCUUGAUUCUGUUAAACUUUAUUCUAACAUCAUCAACAUGAACCUAUUCACUGCUACUCAGUCUCCUCCCCUGUCUCUCUCUCCUCUUCCUUCAUCAUCAACUCCUCUACAGUUAUACAUAUUAGCAAGACCUAUUGAUGAUCCAUCAUCAGUACCAGUCUGUAUGUAUAGAGAUACAGGAGACACUAAUAAUGAUCUAUGGACUGUUCAAUCUCUAUCUCCUCCUAAUACAGUAAUGCUUAACUCUUCACUGUAUUAUAAAUGUGAUUAUACUCACUUCACUGAGUAUGCCAUUGGACUGUUACCUCCUCCAAUUAUAAUGACAUCAUCUUCAAUGAUAUUCUCACCAUCUCCCAGUCCAAUAAUUAGCAGUCCCUUACCCUCCAGUGCAGUACCGACUCAAACUCCUUCAGUUACUGUACUAUCAGCCUCUGACAUACCAGCCAUUGUAUCCAGUGUAGUGGUUGUACUGUUAUUUAUAAUUAUUGGUAGCUUGUUGCUAAUGGGGAUCUUAUUCCUCCUUUAUAAGAAGAAGAAGAGUCGUAGGAAAGUUCUAGUGGCCCCAGCAGAUGAAGAGAACCAGCCGCUACAAGGACUGGAGGAGGAGAAAAAGGAGAAGAAGACAGAGCCACAAGCACUCACUGGUGACCUAGAAAUAAAGAAGAAGGAGAAAGGGAUGACAUUAGGAGUGAUAGAAUUGAAAGGAGAUGAGAGGCAGCUGCUAGGAAGUGUCACUGUUCUACACACCAUGAGACUAAGGGAGCUCAGGACUCUACUACUACAGACAUUCCCCAACACUUUGAGGAAGAAAUCAUUUUAUUUGUGCACAAAAGAGCUCAGUGAUAUUGACCCAGCAUCAGAGCAACAGCAGUUUGUAAACAUAGUCUACAAUAACAUCGUGUACAUUAGAGAAGUGACUGAAGUUAGUGAACAGACCAAGAGACAGUUCUGUGUGUGUGGAUCAGCUGCUCAAUUUGAGUGUUCAGGUUGUGGACUAAGAGGCUACUGUAGUCAAGAGUGUCAGACUAAGGAUUGGAAUAAAGAAGGAGGACAUCAGAAAGAGUGUCAGAGAGCAGCAGAGAAGAUACAAAGAACAGACAUACUAAUAAGAAGACAGGCCAGUGUAUUGCAAGGUAUACCGGAGGAAAAGGAUGGAGAAGUACCUCAGACAUCACAAAGGAAUUGGAAAGGGUUUCUAAGUGAAUCAAGAAAGUUCUCAACAAUGACGCUACCUGCUGUGUCGGCAUUACCUCCUGUUAAUAUUGCAGGAGAAAAGAGAGAGAGUUAUACUGAGCUGAGAAAUCAAAUUGAUUCAACGUUAAUGACACCAGUAUCAACCCGCCCACCUCUACCCAAACUAACAUCAACUGGUACUAUAUCAGUAGGUAGACUGGCUUCAGUCCAAACACCAUCCCCUGGUUUAAGAGCAUCACAAUCACAACACAUUCAAAGACAACAGCUAAUGAAACAAGGGUCUUUCACUACUGGUAGUAGACACACCUCAAUAUCUCCACAGCAACCAUUAGCACCACUGUCAAUCCAAUCACCGUUGACCAGUAGACCUUCUAUUGGUUCCAUUGGACUACCUCCAGUAUCACCUACUGGCGGUCAGUUCCAAUGGGGGACACUCCCUCCUCAUCCUACUGCUGGUACCCCUACUGUUGAUAAUAACUCAUUGUUUAGUAGACCAGUUCUUCCUUCAAGGACUCAGGACCUCCCUCCUUCUCGUCCUCCAUUACGUAGAGACAUAUCAAUCUCAUCAGUUGGAUCAGUUGAUUUAAAUACUUCGGUUAACAUACCAACUAGUGGAAGAGGAGGGGUUGGUAUAAGACAGCAGCUGCAACAGGAGAGGAGUACAUUAAGAGAAGAGGAGGAGGAAGAGGAGAGUGACUCAUCAUCAGAGAGUGAUGAUGAAGAGAGAAGUGAUGCUGGUAGUCGUCCUCCAUCUUUAGCUGUUAGGAGGAGACACUCAUCAAGACAAGAAUCAAGAGAUGACAAAUAAUAUUAACUUGAAAAACACAAUAAUGACAAUAAUAAUAAUAAUGACAACAGUAAUAAUAACUGAAACACAAUACAUAUUAUUCAUAGAUACAUGUACAUUAGUUUAAAAUUAAUUGUAAAUACUAUUUAACAAUACAAAACUUUGUCAAAAAA